CCAGCUCAGCGGUGAGCAUGGAAGUUUCAGAACCGGUCACAAAAACAAGUGGAGAGACCGAAAUGUCCCCAGAAGAAUCGUGGGAGCACCAAGGACCGAGUGAAGCAGAAGCGGGGGAAGGCUCGUUGGGGGACGGAGGACCUCCAGAGGCGAGUGCUCCAGAAAUGAUGGCGGAGAAGGAGGAAAAACUACCCAAAGGUCAAUCUGUGGCAGCACCAGCAGCCGCCUCAAAAAAAGAACAUGUAAACGUAGUGUUCAUUGGGCAUGUGGACGCUGGCAAAUCAACCAUUGGAGGACAAAUAAUGUACUUGACGGGGAUGGUUGACAAAAGAACACUUGAAAAAUAUCAACGAGAAGCUAAGGAAAAAAACAGAGAAACUUGGUACUUGUCAUGGGCCUUGGACACGAAUCAGGAAGAACGAGACAAAGGUAAAACUGUGGAAGUGGGCCGAGCCUACUUUGAGACAGAAAAAAAGCACUUCACCAUCCUAGACGCCCCCGGGCACAAGAGUUUUGUCCCACACAUGAUUGGGGGCGCUUCUCAAGCUGACCUGGCCGUGCUGGUCAUCUCUGCUCGCAAGGGAGAAUUUGAAACUGGGUUUGAAAAGGGAGGACAGACAAGAGAACAUGCCAUGUUGGCAAAAACAGCCGGUGUAAAACACUUAAUAGUGCUUGUUAACAAAAUGGAUGACCCAACAGUAAAUUGGAGCAAUGAGAGAUAUGAAGAAUGCAAAGAAAAGUUGCUGCCAUUUUUGAAAAAAGUUGGCUUCAAUCCCAAAAAGGACAUACACUUCAUGCCCUGCUCAGGACUGACUGGUGCAAACCUUAAAGAGCCAUCAGAUUUCUGCCCUUGGUAUAUUGGGUUACCAUUUGUUCCAUAUCUGGAUGAUUUGCCAAACUUCAACAGAUCAGUUGAUGGACCAAUUAGACUGCCGAUUGUGGAUAAAUACAAGGACAUGGGCACUGUGGUCCUGGGAAAGUUGGAAUCAGGCUCUAUUUGUAAAGGCCAGCAGCUUGUGAUGAUGCCAAACAAGCACACCGUGGAAGUUCUUGGAAUCCUUUCUGAUGAUGUAGAAACUGAUUCUGCAGCCCCAGGGGAAAACCUCAAGAUUAGACUGAAGGGAAUUGAAGAAGAAGAAAUACUUCCAGGAUUCAUACUUUGUGAUCCUAAAAAUCUUUGUCAUUUUGGACGUACAUUUGAUGCUCAGAUAGUGAUUAUUGAGCACAAAUCUAUCAUCUGCUCAGGUUAUAAUGCCGUGCUGCACAUUCAUACCUGUAUCGAAGAAGUAGAGAUAACAGCCUUAAUCUGCUUGGUAGACAAAAAAACAGGAGAAAAAAGUAAGACACGACCACGUUUUGUCAAACAAGAUCAAGUAUGCAUUGCCCGUUUAAGAACAGCAGGAACCAUCUGCCUUGAGACCUUCAAAGAUUUCCCUCAGAUGGGUCGUUUUACCUUAAGAGAUGAGGGGAAGACCAUUGCAAUUGGAAAAGUUCUGAAACUGGUUCCAGAGAAGGACUGAACAUUUUCCUUGAAAUUGACUCUGCAAAAGCCUACUUCACACUGCUUCCCCUUAUUUUCUGCCCAUUGAUAAACUUCUUCCCAUAUUUUGUAAAGGCAAAUUUCACAGCAAAAGUCCACAUAAUGUCAGCUUUCUCAUAUUCAAAGUUCUGCUAUGCCACUGUUGCUCCUUCCAAAUUCUGCUUCCUUGGACAGAUUCGGCAAUAGCUUUGUAAGUGGUGUGGACGUGAUUGCUUACAAUAAUGAAAAACCUAAACGAAUUUUUUAUUUUUAGUUUUCCCCUCAGGCAUAUUUAUACAUUUUCCCCAAGCAGAUCAUUUAGAGCAUGCAGGUGUGUGUGUACAUGUUACAAAAACUACCAUGUUAAUAAAAUAUUCAGUUUGAAA